AUGAAGCUCACACAACAGCAUUUGCUGGUGCAGCAGCAGUCCCAGCAUCCGCUGCAGCAGCAACAGCAGCAGCAGCAGCAAGCGCAACGUUUUCCCGACAGUUCAGAGGGUCAGAUGCAGCAGCCAUUAUCGCAACUUACUGGUCAGCUGUCCCAUAUGAAUGGAGGUCAUCUAGCUUAUCCAGUGCAGGGACCCGGGAGGGAUGCAGUGCCUAUUACAGUUACCGCAGCGACGGCAGCUCCUGCCGGGCCCUCUCAGAUGACUCCGAGCUCCACACAACAGCUCCUUGCCCAGCAGCAGCAGCAGCAGUUGAUCGCGCAGCGUGGCCUGUUGCAGCACCUGCAGCAGCAGCAGUUGCAAAAGCAGCAGCUCCAGCAGCAACUACCGGUUGACAUCAUGAAGCCACCACAACUAAUGCAGCAUCAGCAGCAUGUGCGGCAAAGGCGGCUUCAGCUCCAGCAGCUCCAGCAGCAACAACAGCAGCUACAGCAACAACAGUUGCAGUUGCUACGCACCCCGGAGUCUCCUGGGCUGUAUAGUGCUUUCUGCCGGCUGCUGCAGCAACUGUCCCUCCACCGGAUGUCUUUACGGGACGCUCGGGUACGCGUGUUGCUGGUCGUACUGAGGUGGUUGCAGCAGCAGCAGCAACAGCAAACAGAACCCUCUCGGUUGUUUAGGGACGACCAGUUUGAGCGGCUCGUGAAGCAGACUCGGGCAUACAUGCGGCUGCUGCUGUUGCAGCAACCCCUAAAGGAGGACGAACUUCUGCAGCUAGGGCUUUCUCCAGCCCUUGGGUUUAAGCCCAAUCGUGAGUUUAUUGCUGCUGUCGCUGCAUCAGCAGAAGUGGGCACAAAUUACAAGCCUCCAGCGCCGAAGGAGCAGCACCAGCAACGUCCUCGGAGCCACCAGCUCUUCGUUCAACUGUAUGAGCAGCAGCUUCAGCAGCAUCAACAGCGUGCGCUAGAAGCUCUGGAACAACAAACCCACAAGUAUGAAGAGGUGGCGCGCCUGCGACUCGAGAAAGAAGAGCAACAGCAGCAUCAAGAAGAACAGCAACAGCAGCUUCAGGAACAGCGACAGCAGCCAGGCACCUCAAAAGACAACGCGUUACACACGUGUCUAGACGUCGGAGGCAGCUCGGAAGAGCAACGGCACCAGCUGCUUGAGAAGCAUAUGCGAAAGCAGCAACAAGUGGACACCAAGGAGUCGAAAAGAGAGGAUGAUGCUGCACUACACAGCAGUAACAACAGCUGUUGUGCAGCAGAGGCAGCUGGUGCAGCACAGGUUGCAUCAUCUACUGCAUUGACAGAGGAAGAAAGCGAUGCUGACGGCUUCCUGUCUUCUUCGGAUGAGUGGUGGGGCGUGGGCGGCCUGGAAUGUCCUGUGGACGACGGAAAUAGCGGCAGCAUGCAAGAAAGAGCACGCAUCAGUCGGCUACAGCGGAGGCUUUUGAUUCUAGCGCCAUUUCAGAAGCAAAUACGGGAAGAGGUGGUGGCCCAAAGAAUCACAGAAAGCCCUGCGCAGCUUCCUCCCCUACAGCACCUGCCCGUGAGGCUGGCGAGAAAGCACAGAGCACUGCGCUUGCUGCGUGAACGAGGAGACCGGAUGACAGCGGCCCGGCAGCAGCAGCAACAGCAGCGGCAGCAGGUGCUGCAGCAGCUGUUUGACAGUCAUAGACGAACCUUCUUGCAGCAGCAGCGGGACGUGCUGCGGCAGUUGAGACGGGUUGCUGCUGCAGUCAAGAGGAAGAAGACAGCAGCAGCGGAUGGAGGAGAGGGUGCUGCCAGUUGCGGCCACCCGCUUCAUCCCACAGAUUGUGGCUGCCCCGGCGCGGCUGCUGUGGCGGCACAGAUGAGAAAGGAAAGAUUGGACGCUUUGCGGAAACACGAUGAGGCGGGCUACUUGAAGCUGCUUCAGGAGACCAAGAACGAGCGGCUACUACAGCUUGUUCGCCAGACCGAGGGAUACAUGCAGCAAAUAGGCAGCCUUGUUGUGGAGCAGCGGGAGAGAGAAGGCAUAAAUGUUCCAUCAACAGAGGAGGAAACAGAUGGAGCUGCUGAAGAGGCAUCUGGCUCCCUGUCGUCUUCAUUUCUUUUUUCCAAGGAAAGAUAUUACCGCAUAACGCAUAGUCAGCGGGAGAAGGUGACGGAGUUGCCGUCCUGUCUCAAAGGGGGGACACUCCGGCCGUACCAGAUGGAGGGGCUGAAUUGGCUCGUUUCACUGCAUAACAAUGGUCUCAACGGGAUUCUGGCAGACUGCAUGGGCCUGGGCAAGACGGUACAAACGGUCUCUUUCUUGGCAUAUUUGUACGAGAAGAAAGGAGUGCGCAACCCUCACCUUAUUCUCGCCCCUCUCUCGACGCUACACGGCAACUGGAGGCUUGAGUUCAAGAAGUGGUGGCCCUCUCUGCGCAUUGUUGUUUACGAAGGAGCCAAAGAUGUACGCAAAGCGCUGCGCAGUCGCAUCGUUUCGGGUGUGCGUGUAGAGGGGAGCGGCCAGGAGACACAGCGCUUUCUGGAACCCCUAUUUGAUGUCUUGCUGACUACAGACGCUUUUGUUCUGCGAGACAAGAGUUUCCUUAAAAAAAUACAGUGGGAGUAUUUAAUUGUUGACGAGGCUCACAGGCUAAAGAAUCCCAACAGCAAGUUGGUGCAAACCCUCAACUCUGGCUUCUCUAUACGCAGGCGUAUUGCUCUCACGGGUACUCCUCUGCAGAACGACAUCGUGGAGGUCUGGGCGCUUUUGAAUUUUUUGAUGCCGUCGAUUUUCAACGCCAAGUUGAAUUUUGAACAGUGGCUAAAUGUUCCCCUUGGUGCCGCGCCGCUCGGGGGCCCUGCGGGGGCUGGUGGGGACGACCAGCCGCACGCCAUAACUGUGACUGAGGAAGAGAAGCUGCUUAUCAUAGAUAGAUUGCAUAAGGUCUUGCGGCCGUUUCUGCUGCGGCGCGAAAAGGCGGAAGUGGCAAACGAACUUCCCUCAAAGCAAGAAGAGAUUGUGUGGUGCCCUCUGUCGGGCAUUCAGAGAAUUCUUUACCGCAUUAUAGAGGAGAGUCCAAUGGGCCACAAUCGCAUGGUGCAACUCCGCAAAGUUUGCAAUCAUCCGUUUCUUUUCUGUUUUAGCUCGUUUACUCCUGAUGAGAGUCUGGUGCGGUGCUGCGGGAAGUUCGCCAUGCUGGACGUAUUACUGCCAGCGCUAAAGGCGGCACAGCACCGGGUGUUGGUCUUCAGUCAAAUGACGAAGCUGUUGGACCUUCUCGAGGCCUACUUGUCCUUGCGGGGCUACCGCUAUCUGCGGCUAGAUGGCGGGACGUCCAGCGAGGAACGUCAGACACGCUUGGCUCUGUACAAUCAGGAGAAUUCGCCCUAUUUUCUUUUUAUAUUGUCCACAAAGGCAGGAGGACUGGGAGUUAAUCUUCAAUCGGCAGACACUGUAAUCAUCUUUGAUUCCGAUUGGAACCCGCAAAACGACGAACAAGCUCAGUCGAGGGCGCACCGCAUAGGGCAGAAGCGCGAGGUCUUGACUAUUCGUUUCGUGACGCCUUCCUCUGUAGAGGAGCAAAUUCUUCAUUCUGCGGAGCUGAAGCUGGACAAGGAUGCUCUUGUCAUUAAAAGCGGAAUGUACAACGGAGAACUACAAGAUAGGGAGACAGAGAGACAGGAACAAGUCCGGGAAAUCCUUCGACGCCGCAAACAACUGGAGGCCAACCUCACCCGGCCGUUCGAUUUUGCAAUUCUGAAGAACCAACUUUCCAGAAACCCCGCGGAGUCUCGCGUCUUUGAUGCGCUUCAGAAAAUUCGACAGCUGCUGCAUAUACCUGGACUCAUCUACGGCGAGGCGGUGCCACCGUGCCUCUUUCGGUGGUCGAAGACAGUUGAACGUUCCCAGACUGACCUCGUUGAGAAUACAGCACAGGCGGCUCAAGACUGGAAGAUUGGCUAUGCCCUUUCAGAUUUCUGGACGACCCAGCGCAAGAAGAAACAACCGCCUGCUGCCACAAUGAGUCUGCAGCUCGUCGGGGGAAGCGUCUCCCCGUUGCUCCCACAGCCCAUUGCAUCUGCAGCACUAGCCUCAUUACCAUCAGCAGCUUCAGCGCCAGCUGGUCCUCCUGCCGCUACAGCGGAUCCCGCACAGCAAGAGGGAUGCGCUAGUUUGGCACUGCAGCAGUCACAGCUGCAGCUGGAGGCCCACCCUCAGAGCCACAUGCAAGUGCAGCAGCAGUGCCAGCAGCAGCAGGAGCGGCAGCAAGAGCAAUUGAAGCAGGUGUUGCAUGCUCCGGAAGUACCAUCUGCAUUCUUGACCGCAUCUGCUGACGGAAACGUUACGCAUGCAGUAGAUGAUGCGCCUGCAGCAGCGGCUUCCGCAUCAGGAACCCAAGGGGAAUCCAUAACAGGAAACUUAGAAAAACCGCUUCUGGCAGUGGCAACUGGCACAGUGCAGGUAGCUGGACCGUCACUUGGAGGUACUUCUGAGCCUGCUACAGUUGCUGGUGGAGCAGAGGUGGGCAUGACGAGAUCAGACAGUAAGCAGAGGUCUUUCGGUGCUGAGCAUGCAGAUCAAUCCUCUGUUCGUUCUGCUGCUCCUGGCGGAGGUGAAGUUACUCCGGAAGCAUCUGUUUUGGCUGGAGGCACAACAGCAGAGCCCUCAGAGGUGACUGAAGCUGGGCUUGGGUCGAUUGAGGCAGCAUGCACAACUGCAGCGGUAGAAGGAGUGGCUUCCAAUCCGGAAACAUCGGAUGGAGCUGCAGCAGCAUCGACAGGAGCUGUUCUGGACAGGCUCUCCUCUUGUGGAACAAGCCCGCUGACAGGCAGCGCAGCACCGUCAGUUGUGGCUAACUUCAACACAAAACAUCCUUCAGCCGGCGCCGCAACAACAGCAGCAAAAGCAGAAUCAACCGUUGCGGCUGAUGCUGUUGUUGUUGCAAAUGCUGGCGGCCGAGAUAGCAGUAGCGUCGCUGGAGGCCCUGGUGUGCGCGGAAUUCCCGGAGGUAGCAGCGGCUGUGUCGAUCUUUGGGGCUGCGGGGAGGGGCAGGAGGGAGACAGCGCUGGGGCUGCUGCUGCAUGCUUGGCAGACCCUCAGAGAUGGCGCGCGCUUUUGAAUGGGGCCAUAUCUCAGGCCUUAACGGAAGCCAUACAGGAGUCGCGAUUUUCCGCCUUUGUUGAGCUGCCCAGCCCAACGGUCUACAAGGAUUACUACGAGUGUGUUUCUCCAGCACUGUUUUUUCUUGUGUGGAUAUGUGUUACGUGUAUUGACUUCUGCGUAGUUGUGUUUCUCACGAUGUAA